AGACUCAUCAACUUCAAAUAAAAUAUUCUUGGAACUAUGGAAUGCUCAACAGCAAUUUAUUCUCUUGCCAAUGCUCUGGGUCCACUGAAAUUGGAUAGUACUGCUCCAAACAAUUCGCAUCGUACAAUUAAAGCUGAAAACUACUUUAAUGAGGAUGAGGAAGAUUACAAUGAGAACUCGCAUGAAGAUUCGGAAGAUUCAAAAGAAGACAGUGAUGGACAAGGAUGUAGAUCAAGAAAAAGAAAAGAGAAACCACCAUUUUCUUAUAUUGCUUUGAUUGCUAUGGCUAUUUCAAAGCGUCCGGACAAAAAGGCAACAUUGGCUGAAAUUUACAGUUAUCUUCAGGAAAACUUUGAAUUUUUUCGUGGAGAAUACGCUGGAUGGCGGAACUCUAUUCGCCACAAUUUGAGCUUAAACGAAUGCUUCGUUAAGUUGCCAAAAGAUACUGGAGAGAGUUAUCGUGGUCGUAAGGGUCAUAAGUGGACAAUCAGUGAUUCAUGUGAGUUCAUGUUGGAGGAAAACGGAUUCCGUCGUCGUCCACGUGGAUACAAGGCCAGAAAGAGAACUCAUUUUCCGGGAGUCACUGCGAGCAAUGAGAUGGGAAUCGGUGGAGCGACAUUCGAUUAUCCAUCAUCCACAACUGAAUUAACUGAUUCUGGUACUUCUUCUUUGAAUACUGACGUUAAAAACAUUUUAUUGAAUGGUGGAGAAGACUUUGGACCUUCUAUUUCUGAUCAAUUAGUGUCAUCAACUACCUCUGCUGUACUUCCAUCUUUAAACGGACCUGAUCAGUCUCCAAUCUACCCUAAUUAUUUCGGCUAUGGAACUGCUGAAUUCCCAAUGCAAUGGGCUUCACCAACAUAUGACUGGCCGUAUUAUGCAACUCCACACAUUGGAUUAUGUUCAUCGGAUUUUCCUGGAAUCUCGCCUUCUCCAACUGUUACUCCUCAGGUUUCCCCAUAUUUUUAUCCACCAGCAAUCACAACGGCCUCGAGCUUCAUGGAUGAUUGGCGUUUUGGAGUUUCAUCUGCUGCUGUUGGCGCCUAUGACAGCUCCGCGUCAUUUUUGGCCGCAGAGACGACUGCUGGGGAUGUUGCUAUUCCACAAGAUUUAUCGGAUUGCUAGUCUUUUUUUUAAUUGUGCCUUAUCUCUUACAACUUUUCUCGAAUAUAAAUAAAAACAACAACCAAUACAAUAUAUUUAUGUAAGGAAAAAACAAACGCCCUUAGGAGAUAAUUUGCAAGGACAUGGGGGAUUGUGG